AUGCAGAUGCAAAUACAGAUUCCCGGUUAUGGAGGAGGCACCCAAGAAAUCAAGCCUAAUGUUCCAGAGCUCACCGAGCGGCAGAAAUUCGUUCUCAAGCAUGGGAAAAUGGAAGGUCAUUACUUCGGAAACGAUGCUGUUAAGGGGGUCCGCCCCCAUCACGACGCCGAAGACUACAUCGCCCUCCUUACCGCGAUCGCGAAUGGACUGCGUGAAUUCAAUAUCAAAUGCGAUUUCAAGUCAGAUGUGAGCAUGAGCCAUUUGGGUUGGAAGAUCAGGCAGACUUCCGGCAUUCCUGCAAUAAGCGUCCUUAUUGGAAAGCCAGCCAUUGAAUGGGAACUCUUCUUGUCAAAAGAUGAUACUGCGAUUCAUUUCAAGGCAAAAUGCGAUUACAUAGAAGAACCAUCUGGGAAGUCUAUCAAGACUCAGGAUUGGGAAGAAAGCGAGAACGACGAUGACGAAGCAAAAGUGUCUUUCAUAACUGAUGGAGAAGGAAAGAUGGUCCGCUGGAAUGUCACCAUCCUCCCCUAA